CGGCACAUCAAACUGUUUCUGUUAACAUUCAGACGCACUCCGUUUAACUGACAGCAAUUUUCACAUUUCCACCAUAUUUACUUGUGAGGCCUGACUCGAAAAGUAAUUUUUUCCACUACGUUUUUCUGAAAAGCCGAUUAUUCCGAGUAAAAUUAAGAUGGCUGGAGCUUCUGCUGUUUCCACUCCUGGUCGACCACAAUUGAAAGGUCUCCACAAUGCUACCAUUAAACGAAACCUGGGCAUUGCGAUUGGUCUAUCAUUCAUGUUCAUGUUUGCAUACAAAUUCGCCGUGAACGACCCAAAGAAGAAAACAUACGCCGAAUUCUACAAGAACUAUGAUGCCAAUGCUGCAUUCGAACGGAUGAGAAAGCAUGGCGUAUUUGUUUCAGCACCAGCUGACAAUUAAAGGAGUUCUCUAAAUUUAGUCGCUUCACCUAAAAUCAACACUUGAAUUUGAAUGUUUAAAUGCAAAUUAAUAAUAUUACGAUGAUGUGAACUUAAA